AUCACUGAGGAAUUGAAGAUGGUGCCUCUGUUCUCACUCUUCAUACUGUUUCUGAAGGCUUCAUGUGUGUGUUCUUGGCUUGCUGAUAAAUGCCUUUUCUACCGUGAUGUGGAAGAGUUUCCUGUUGCCACAACCUGUGCUGGAAAAACAAACAUUGCUGAGUGCCAUCAUGUCACUAACAUUAAAGAAGACCUGCGUGGACUUCCAUCAAACUUACUUAACCUCUGCAUUCAAAUGGAACGAGACUUUCAUGGUGCCUUGGCUCCAGACUCAUUCUCACGCUUUGCUUCUUUGGAAUACCUCGAAAUUGUUGGAUGUUUAUCAGAAAUCCCUCCAGAGGCUUUUAAUGAAUUGACCAAUGUAACUUCAUUAACAUUGUCUUUCUUGUCUACAGAAAUCUGUUGCGAGGUAGCUCUUGAUUUCAGUCGCCUUUCCUCACUUAACCAUUUGUCUCUUUCACAGUAUAGUAUAUCAUCAUUGGCACCAAAUGUUUUUGAAAUGAUUCCUCAGUUGCAAGAAUUACAGAUACUCAAUGUGUGUUUGAAGGAUAUAUCUGAGGUCAUUUGUCGACUAGCAAAAGCAAAAUCACUGAAGCUGUUUAAGUUAGAGGAAUAUGAGCUAAAUAGACUUCACUACCCAAACUGCUCGGUGUUCAACAUCUCUGACGGUUACAUAUCUACUGAGUUCGAAAUUGAAAAGGUGCAUUUUUAUCUAGGAAUAGUAGAGCAUGUAGACGAGGGAGCUUUAGAAGUUUUGGGAAAUCUUUUUAUCUUGUGCUUUGUUUCAAACACUGAUUUCCUCAGAGAUCUUUCUUUAUUUGGAGUGCAUAAAAUUCAUACUUUGAGAGUCAGAGUGGAUGUACUUAACGUUGAUGACUUGUGUAAUGCAGCAAAGUUAUAUUCAGUUGAGUCUUUAGAAGUUCGUUAUGAGACUAUUAACUUGCCACCAACUCCUACUAAUAUCUCACAUGGCUGUGAAGAUAUUAAGGGAAUUGUGCUCAAAGGUAACAUAUAUGUGUAUAAGAUUGUAAAUGUCUUAGAUGUAUAUUCAGUCUUUCAGAUUUUCAGAAAUCUCACUAUUGUUAACAUAAUUAAGCAUGUGCUCAGACCAAAUGAUUUCCUAUCUCUUUGUUCCUCAUUUCCACAGACAGUCAAAAGGCUUUCUUUUAUGAUACUAAGCACAAAUAACAUAGAUAAGAUCAUUUCUCACCAGUUUUUGUGUUUUUCAGUUCUUGAAAUUCUGGACUUAUCCAUCAGUAACAUUUCUAACAUAGAAGAUUUUGCUUUCAUUGGAUUACACAAGUUAAAAGAGCUAAACCUCUGUAGCAAUAAGUUAUCUUACAUUUAUCAACACGCAUUCAGUGGUUUAUAUGAACUUAUGGUCUUAGAUCUCCAAGGAAAUCCUAUAAUUCAUAUUGAACCGGAAUCAUUUGGACAUCUGAUUAACCUUAGUGUGUUUCUGCUGGGAGAUCUGAACUUCCCACCUGAUGUGCCACUGAUCACACUGCAUUUUUCUGAUAUAUUUGGAAUUAUUCCAUAUCAUUUAAGUAACGUUUUCAUUAGUUCAGGCUUGAGACCAAUGCAACUUGUGAUCAGGAACAAUGCUACACUGGGUCAGGGUCUAAACUUCCACAUUAAAGGUAAAUAUGUGACCGUUGAGGGCUGCAACAGUUCACUCUUGACAUCUGUAGUCACCCUUAAGAUAAAUGCAGCAUAUAUGAACUGUGGAAAUGAAUUUAUUGGGAAAUAUGUUAGAUCGGUCGUCAAUCUGGAAUUUGAGUCGAUGUUCUCAGACAAUAUUGGAGACUUGGCUGUAAUCAAUCAGCUUGUUCAUUUAAAAACCCUACAUCUGGAAAACAUUGAAUUGACGAAGCAGCCAAACCUGGCCACAAUGUUUCACAAUCUGACAAAACUCCAGAUGCUGAUUCUGAAAAACUGCAGAAUGUUCUUUCUGGAUGGAAGUCUGACCAAAGACUUAAAAGCAUUGACAGGUCUAGUUCUUAUGCCAAAAGAUAACGUCAAUGUUCUUCAAAACUUGGUGGAACAUCUCACUAGUUUGAAGUACCUCCAUCUUCUGGGCUUGGGUCUGUACUGCAAUUGUGAUAAUGCGUGGCUGGUCUCAUGGGCGAAGGACAACAGGAAGGUGCAGGUUGCCAUGUUCAGACCCACCAUGAAAGAACUGCAGUGCUUGACUGACAAUGGAAUCGACCACCUUAACUUUGUUGAUUAUUCCAAAACCUGCUCAUUUGAUAUCGAAUUUGUGUUCUUCACCUCCACCACUGCCUUUUUGUGUAUUUUUAUUAUUGUGGUACUGUCAUAUAAGUUUGCAGGCCAAUAUAUUGCGCCAUUCUAUCACAUCGCCAGUGGAUGUUUACGAGAGGCUUUGCAUGUGAACGGUAAACACCAGUACCGCUACGAUGUUUUUGUGUCUUUCAGCGGUAAGGAUGAGCACUGGGUCAUGGAGGAACUUCUUCCAAACUUAGAGCAGCGGGGCCCUCCGUUUUUGCGUCUCUGCCUGCAUAGUCGGGACUUUCAAUUGGGACAAGACAUUGUGGAAAACAUCACGGACAGCAUCUAUGCAAGUCGCCGGACUCUUUGUCUCAUCAGUCGCAACUACCUCGGUAGCAACUGGUGUUCUUUGGAGAUGCAGCUGGCCACCUACCGGCUCCAAGUAGAACACAGGGACAUUCUUAUCCUGGUCUUCAUAGAAAUGAUUCCGUCUCGCUUGCUAUCCUCCCACCAUAGAUUGGCCCGGCUGGUAAAAACUAGAACUUAUCUAGACUGGCCACGGGAGCCUGAGAUGCAUGAGGCAUUCUGGGACAGGUUGUGGUGUAAACUGAGCUCUAAUAAAACCAACUAA